CCUGAGAUCGUAAGCGACCUUAAUUCUUGUAAACAUGGCUGCCAUAUUUUGUCAUGCCACGUCGUUUGUUAUAAGUUAUUAAAUAACAGAAAAUGACGCAGUGAAGAUCAUCUUGUGUAUCAAGUAGGGGAUGUAAGCUGUCAUUUUGACAGUGAAACAACAUUUAGCUAUGUUGACUAAAACAUCAAAAACAAUAGCAUUAUGUUCCAUAGCUAAUUUUAUCAAUUCGGCAGAUCGAGUAAUUAUGCCGAUAGCUAUAGUUCCAAUGACAGAUGAAUUCAAGUGGGAUCUACACGGACAAGGUUGGGUUCUCAGCUCAUUUGCAGUUGGAUAUAUGAGUAGUCAGGUGAUUGGUGGUAGUGCUUCCAAGAAAUAUGGAGGAAAGUUGAUAUUAACUGUUUCUGUCCUGUUGUGGUCACUCUCUACUUUCCUGGUUCCUUUUUUUUCAAGCUCAAUUUAUGCCUUGAUAAUGUCAAGAGUAUUUUUAGGAUUGGGAGAAGGGUUGGGAUUACCUACCAUAUUUCAUAUUUUUUCCCAUGCCAUUCCUGGUGAAGAACGAUCACGAGCAUUUGGAUAUCUGGUUGCAUUUGGUUCAAUUGGACAGACUGUUGCAGCAGUUGUUUGUCCACAUUUACCUUGGCCAUGGAUGUUUUAUACCUUUGGAUCAUUAGGUUUUCUAUGGGUUUUAAUGUGGUUGGUGUCAUAUACAGAAAUAAGAGGAACAUAUGAGGAAGAAUUUGUUGAUCCACCAAAAGUAAAUAAUACAAAUGUUCGCUGGUCAGAAUUUAUUUGUCAUUGGCCAUUAUGGUCUAUUUAUAUUGCUCAUUUCUGCAUGAACUGGUCCAAUUAUAUUAUAAUGCAGUGGCUUCCUACCUAUAUGACCAGAAAUCUGAAGGCAAAUAAAAGUCAUAUUAUGUUUACAGCAGUGCCUUAUGUGAUGAAUUCUUUAAUAGGAGUUGUUGCCGCCCAUUUUGCUGAUGCCUUAAUAGGACAUAAAUGGACAGUGUUAUCUGUACGACGAUUAAUGACUACUAUUGGUCUGUUAGGACCAGGUGUAUUUAUUCUAUUUUUUAGUGCUGUAAAUAAUCUUCCUUUAGCAGUUUUUUUUGUAUCAAUAUCAUUAGGACUGAGUGCCUGUAAUUCAUCGGGACAUUUAAGUAAUCAUGCAGAAAUAGCACCAAGUCAUGCUGGAAUAACGUUUGCUAUAUCAAAUACUCUUGCUACCAUACCGGGUAUUACUUGUGGGCCAUUGACAGCCGAGUUAGUAACUCAAUCUCAUGGUCGGUGGUUUCCUGUGUUCAUUAUCGCUGCAGGUGUUAACUUUGUAGGUGCGAUUAUUUACUUAAGUCAAAGUGCAGCAAGCCAACUACUGUGAUGAAUUGAAUAGGGUAUUCCAAAGUUCUGAGUAAAAUGGUGGGGAUAUUAUAACAUGGAAGAAAAUACUGGCUGUGUAUAAGGUAAACACAAUACAGUGGAAAUAUUAUGAGAACUAAGAGGAUGAAUGUAUACAUAACUAUGUGUACUUUAAUAAUGUGAUAAUAACUGAUGUUGAACUUGAAUUUAGAGGUGGAUUUUUAAUAAUCAAUGAAAAUGAUUUUAAAAGGAAUCGUACUUGCCAAAUUGUUUCUGUCACAACCAGCCUGUUUAUGGCCAGUUAAAAUAUUUUUAAAAAUUUUGUACAGUAAAUAAUUUUAUGUAAUGGAAGAAUGAAGGAAUUAAAAACAGCGAUUAGAUUUAUUUUUGAUACAGGUAGCUGGGGAUGGUAAAAAGACAGAAAACAAUAUAAUAUGGAAGACCAAACAGCUCUUUAUUUAGUGUUCUUAAUUCAUAGUCCUUAAUUCUUAUUUCUUCAUUUGUUGUCAUAUUUCGACAUUGGUACUCUAAAAUUAACAUUUGUAUCUUAAAAUCAAUAGUUGUUUUACAAAUCAGACAUUUGUCAUAUCAGAUUUGUAAAAUGUAUUUUUGUUUAACUUAAUUGUAUUUUAAUAUUUUCAAAAAAUUAGCCUAUAUUUACAUUUCAUCAGCGAAAUACAAUGAAAAACAAAUCUCGAACAACAAAUUUCCAAAUACAGAUCUCCAUAUACAAACCUUGCAAAACACAUUUCUUGAAAUUCAUCGAAUCGUAACAUUAUGACGACAUGAGUGGAAAUCAACCUGGCAUACAAUAAGUCACCAUACAAUAAUGGGGAAUUGAGUAAGCAUAUGUACAAUAAGAAAAAUUGCUCGAUGACCGCGACUCUAGUGAAACCAUGUGCGUAGCAUGGCUAAUCGGACCAAGAAGAUAAUUGAAAAUGUCUAUUUUCAGAAAUUAGGUUUUUGAAAUCGUGAUUUUAUGAAUGUGCCAGGGAAUAAGUAAUAUUUUGAAAGAGGAAUAAAAAAAUAAAAAAAUUUCCGGUCAUGCAUUACACGAUAACCCAUAUUUUAACUAUUAAAUACCCCCUCUCACCCCUACUAACUUAAUAGUAUUUAGCCUCAUCCAACUGUAAUACCCUUUUCAAGCUAUGUAAAUUUAAAUGUGCCAGAAUAUAGUUUACAUUUCUGAAAAAGUAAAUGAAAUUUCUUGUCAGUGGUAUUCUGUGUGAUAUCCGGAAUGUCAUAGUAUGGCCCGUAUUUUGACAUUUAAGACCCCACCCACCCCCUCUCCAUCACUUAAUAGUGUUUAAUACUGUACAACUUUUCAUGUUAUUUUCUGCCACAUUUAUAUUUACAUACCUUGAAAAAAGAUCAAAGUUCCAUGGUACUUAAAACUUUAUUAAGUGAGGGGAGGAAUAUUUAAAGUAAAAAAAAAACGAUCUUAAUAAGAAAUUCUGUUCAUGUACUGCUGGAAAGAUGUUUAUUGCUUGCUAUAAAAUGUAAAUUUAUAUUUACAUACCUUGAAAAAAGAACAAAUUUGAAUGGCCCUAACCUGUAUUAAAUGAGGGAGAGGUAUUUAAGGUCAAAAUACGGGCCAUAAUACAAGAUAUCAGGAUGCAUGCCAUUAAAAAGGUCCAAAUAGAUUUUCAAAAUUGUAAAAUAUUUUCUGACAUUCAUAUUUACGUACCUUGUUAUAGCAGAUAUAAUUUGGAUCGUCUUAACUCUAUUUAAGUGAGGGGGUAUUUAAAAAGUCAAAAUACACGUCCUAAUUCAAAAUUCCAGUUUUCGUGUAAUACUUCACCGGAAAGUAUUUGUCUGUCACUCUUUGAAUAUACACUGGUACAUUCAAGAUUACAUAAUUUAGAAGUGAUCAAGUCCUCUUUCGUUUGUCCAAAGAACUAUGUCGCUAUCAAAAAAUAACCUAAUUACUAAAAUUACACUGCUUUCAAUUUAUUUUAUUUUAAAUGCUAGAUCAAAUUAACAUGGAAACAUAACACACACGUGAUUUCACUAAAGUCACGGUCAUUGAGCAAUUUUUAUAUUGUUAUCGCCCCCGUCCGUCCAUCAGUCUGUCGGUCCGGUGCUCUAGAUGCUAAAGUUAAUAUCCGAUUGACUUUAAAGUUAUACAUAGUGUUUAAGGUCAGGAGACGAAGAAGCCUAUUGAUUUUUAGCGAUUUCCAAUAAUUACUGACAGAGUUAUUGCCCUUGAUCACUUUGAAAAAUCUUGUGGAUGCUCUAGAGGCUAAAGUUAAUAUCCGAUUGACUUUAAAUUUAUACACAGUGUUUAAGGUCAUGAGUCGAAGAAGCCUAUUGAUUUUUAGCGAUUUCCAAUAAUUACUGCCAGAGUUAUUGCCCUUGAUCACUUUGAAAAAUCUUUUGAACACUCUAGAGGCUAAAGUUAAUAUCUGAUUGACUUUAAAUUUAUACACAGUGUUUGAGGCCAUGAGAUAAAGAAUCAUUGAUUUUCAACGAUUUCGGAUAAUUGCUGCCAGACUUAUGGCUCUUGAUCACUUUGAAAAAUCUUGUGACGCUCUAGAGGCUAAAGUUAUCAUCCGAUUGACUUCAGAUUGAUACACAGAGUUUAAGGUCUUGAGACGAACAAGUAUAUUGAUUUUCAAUGAAUCUUUAUGAAAUGAAAAUGAAAUGGGGUUUAACGUCCUACUGUUCUGCUCCUAUACUGGGCUAAUGACUUGAACAGCUAAAUCCAUGAUGCUAAAAGUUUCGUAUACUAAACGUUAGCAUGGGGCAGAACCUUUAAAAAACCAAAUAAAUUCUAAUGGUUUUCUGAUAAUUACUUAAUAAGUUGUUACUCUUAAUCAGAUUUUAAUGUAUUAUAAAUGUUUCAUUACCGUAAAAAUAUGCGACAACUCUUGUUGACUGCCCGGACGAUAUAGCUGAUGUGGGCGUAUGCUUCGUUGCCUGGCAACCUAUCUUUCUUAUUGUAUAUAUAUGCUUGCUCGUUUCUAUUUUAUUGUAUGGUGACUUAUUGUAUGCCAGGUUGAUUUCAGCUCAUGUCGUCAUGAUGUUCCAGUUCGAUGAAUUUUGAUAAAUAUUUUUGGAGAAAUGUUUUGCAAAAUUUGUAUUUGGAGAUUUGUUGUUCGAGAUUUGUUUUUCAUUGUAUGUAUAUGUUGAAAUGUAAAUGUAGAUUAUUUUUUUGAUUUACUAAUAUAAAUUUUAUCUUUAUAUUAAAAUACAAUUGAAUUAAACAAAAAUACAUUUUAGAAAUCUGAUAUGACAAAAUAGUGUACAAAUGUUAAUUUUAGUGUACAAAUGUUGAUAUACGACAACAAAUGAAGAAAUAAAUAAGAAUUGAGGACUAUGAAUUAAGAGCUAAGAACACUGAAUGAAGAGCUGUUUGGUCUUCCAUAAUAUAAUAGUGCUGACAAUGAUUGGGAUUCUACACAUGUCUUAUUUUAGUUCCUAUUUUGAAUAACUCAUAAAUAUGAAACGUAGCCAAAUGAUCAAUAUGAGACAGUAGUAUUUGAGAUUUUAAUCCAUAUAGAAUGCAUUUUAAAAACAUCAGCAUCAAAUACAACUAUUUCAUCGUUUUGAACCACUGUUUGUUUAUGGUAUUCAGUAAAACAAAAUUUUAAUUAAGAGAAGCAUUAAAUUUUCAAUUUCUGUUUUGGGUAAUGAUGUUGUACUUUAAAAAAAGUAUUAAAUGAUUCUGUAAGACUGUUUAAUAAAUAUGGUAUUGUGGAACCAACUAAUGGAUCAAGUGCAUUUGUUGUAUGUUUUGUAUGAAAUACACAAUUUCAAGCUAUUUAUAAAAUAAAUACAUGUUAUAAAUAUUGAUGAAUUUAUGUGUAUAUAGAAUUUAAUGAAGUGUUUAAGACUUUUUAUAAAUAUGUAAAUUUAUUUGAACACAAAUGUAACUUCGUCAUGUAUAUAACUUUGUAUAAUUGUAAAUAAAAAUCGUAAUCAAAACAUAAA